GGAUGACGACAGAAGGGAUAAUGAUCGAAAAGAUGACGACAGGAGUGACAAUGACAGAAGAUUAAACGAUCGAAGAGAUAAUGACAGAAGAGGUGUUGUCAGAAGGGAUGACGACAGGAAAGAUGAUGACAGGAGUGAUAAUGACAGAAGAUUAGACGACCGUAGAGAUAAUGACAAGAGAUAUGACGACCGAAAAGAUAAUGAUAGAAGAGGUGAUGUCAGAAGGGAUGACGACAGGAGGGAUGACGAUAGAAGGGAUGACGACAGGAGGGAUGAUGACAGGGCGGAUAAUGACAGAAGAUAUGACGACCGAAGAGGUAAUGACCGGAGAGGUGAUGUCAGAAGGGAUGACGACAGGAGGGAUGACGAUAGAAGGGAUGACGAUAGAAGGGAUGACGACAAAGGAUAUGACGACAAGACGUUUGAUGACAAAAGGGAUGACGACAGGAGGGAUGACGACAGGAGAGAUGAUGACAGAAAGAGUAGAGGCGAGCGAUAUAAACCACUACGCUCUGCCCGGACACUAUGAUCAGAAUAAAUAAAUGUAAACUGACUUUGGCAACGAUUGUGGAAACUCGAUGACUAAUUAAUGUGUUAUUAAAGAGCA